UAAGUAAACUAUUACAGCUUUAUACAUUUUGUACUUUAAUAAAUUAUGUUUAAUUUUGACACUAUUUUAAGUUGACUUAACCUCAAUCGUAUUCAAAAUGAAAAACAUAAUCUUGCAAGGCCUGCCAGGUGUUGGUAAAACAACUCUCACGAAAAAAAUUUCCAACAAAUUGAAAGACCUGGCAGUUGAUGUGACAGGCUUUUAUACCGAGGAAUUAAGAGAAAACAAUUACAGAAUCGGUUUUGAUGUUGUAACGCUUGACAAUAAACGCGGAAUCUUGGCUAGAAAAACUAACGCAGGAGAUAAUUCCAAGUAUAAAGUGGGGAACUACUCUGUUCACAUUGAAGAGUUCGAAAAAUUGGUUUUACCAAUAUUUGAUAAUGUCAAAUCGAUUAUUAUCAUAGAUGAGAUCGGGAAAAUGGAAAUGUUUAGUAAAACGUUUCAAGCAAACGUUGAGAGAGUAAUUACUGACAAGAGCAUUCGAGUUGUUGCAACAGUCCCCCUAAAGGCAUCACUGCCGUUGGUCCAAAAAAUUAAAAACAGCAACACCAGUCAUUUAAUUACCGUGAGCGCGGGAAACAGGGACAGGUUACUUGAUGAAAUAAUACCACUUCUUACAAAAUAAAUUCAUUUAUUUGCAA